CUUUAUACUUGAUCUACAGUGCUGUUAUCAUGGAUCGCCCGACACAAUCGAGCGUCCGAGUGAAACGAGAACUUUCCGAUUCUCCAGUCGGUCGUGAUGGAAGCAACGUCCAUCAAUCUUCCUCGUACCGUCGUCAACACGCUCCACCUCCUCGACUUCUCACAGUCCAUGACUAUGACAACACAGCUGCUGGUUUCAAGAAAUAACCGACCAGUCCUCCUUUACGUCCUGCUCCGGUCAUCUCGGGUCGUGACGACGCAUCUGCACCUCGGGAACGUUUCACGGAUACGACCUCCGAAAGGGGGAUGAUGGAUCCGCCGAGUUCACCUCUCGGACCACCUCCAACUCGUCUAUCUCAUGAUCACCGGCGUUCUAUCACACCAGAGACGUUCUACGAUGCGGACGAUGCCCUUCCUCCACCGCCCUCCGCUCUGAGCUUAGUGUAUACAUCUUCACCCAAGCCAUCGGGUUCGAAACAACCCCAGCCCCAGCCGAGUUCCUCCUCGAAACCCGGUUCAGAUCCAUUUCCUCUCCACCCCGACCGGUUUCCCUCAGUGAGAAGGGGAAAAAGGCAAAAUCAGAAGCAGAACCAACAAGGCACACGGGCUGACCAGAAGAAACAGAAACCCCAGGGUGCCGCAGAGGCCGUAUGCGUAUAUCCCGGCCCCGAGCCUCCUACGGGCGUAUCGAGGCUUGUCUACUUGGAAAAGGUCAAAGAGGAUGAAGACAUCGUGACGACGAUGUUACGCCGGGUUAUCGAUCACGACCCUCGGAACGUCUAUAAUUGGAGUUCCCCCACGGCUCGGUUGAGCAUGAAACAGAAGAAGAAGCUCUUGACCAAGGUCGUUCAUCCCGAUCUCGUCAUCUUGACCGGGACGGACCGGUGUCUCGCCUGUCAAUCUCUCGUCGAUCCCCCUGACCUUCCGCCGAACUGGGUCAGAUGGCCAUGCGCUCGCAUACUCGCGCAAGGACCUAAGCGAUCCUGUAUAGCUUGCUUUCGCCGGGACGGUGGGGACACUUGCAAGUGCACCUUUGCGCCUUUGAAAGGCACGUCCUCCGCUGAGCCAAACCCUGGGCUCGAUUAUGUCUCCGACAACGACAACGACAAUGAGAACGAACACGACAAUGACGAAACUGAACCUGGUGCGCAAUCUCGGAAAGCCCCAAGGGCAAACGUCAUUCCCAAGGACCAGGACAAGGACCCGCUUUCGCCCGAAGAAGCUGCUAGGCUCCGAGCGCAUAUGUCCGGAAUGUUCAGGAGGUACGCGACAUUGCUCGGCGAGUACGGCGAGGAGAUCCAAGACCCGGACCCGAACAGGGUGCACGCUGUACCUCUCGAGGUCAUCCAGGAUCAGAUUGGGAAGGUUCAGGGCAGCCGAUUCGCCAGGUUGAUUCACAAAGGAGUCCGGUAGAGGGAUACUAUAGGUGGCGAUGGUGGGCCAUUCCAUUCUCGUGCGGAACGGUGAGGCACAGAGGAUACAAUAGAGCCUUGUCGUGAAUCUGGGUCGUUUCGUUUUCGUGUCUUUCGGCGAGCCAUCGCGAACUCCUACAGCACCAAGAUGAUGUGGUACUACUUCGAUACCUCGAAUGAAUGUAGAGAGCUAUAAAGAGCUGUGUUGCUGUAGUCGAUGAUGGGACGAGGUCGAGGUGGAUGAUGAUGAAAGCGCGUGGAAGCGCGUGCUAGCUGCUGUGACCUUGACCUCUUCAGAACUCGAAAGUCACGAUGAAUACCUUUCCAACACACAUAACAAGUCAGACCAUAGCCUCUCAUCACAGC